GCGUAUUGUUGGUCAUAAUUUUAAAAUAACACCACUUGGACAGAGUCACCAGAGGCCAUUCCAUUUAUCAUAUAAGUGUCUAGCUUGAAGUGGAGCCAAUAUCAAGAGGUUGAUGUUCUUCAAAAUUGACGCAUCAACGCUUCUCUGCUAUCUGCAUAACGGUAGCCAUCACACGCCACGAAACCCUAAAGCGAAAGCUCGUAUAUAUAUAUUACUAUUUCCCAGUACUGGGCGAUAAGCGGUUAAACGAAAACGGCGUGAACUGCACAUUACAACCAGGGAGCGAUUAUGAGAAAGAUUUUGUGAAAGAUUAUCACUACUUCAUUCCCGAGACAUGUGCUGUCGAUAUGGCAGAGGACAAAGCUGAGUUCGGCUGGUCAAGGGCGCUCAAGUACGCAUGCGUGAUCUUCGUCUUUUUUGUGGGGUUUGGUUUGCUAAUACUGAACACAGUGGUGAUCGAUCACAGUAAGCCAGUCGUGCAACAACAUUCAUGGGCACAGGAAGAGGCCAGAAGCAGAAAGAAAGCUUCAGUUAAUGCUUCACUACUUACGAAAUCAAAGUUGUUAGAAAACGCCCAGGGGUGGAGGCGAUGUGAGCUUUUAAUGAAUGGAAAACUGAACGUUUCCAGGAACAGUAAACUGGAGUCUUCCCAAACAGACGAGGACAUUCUUAGAAAAUACAUGCGAAGAACUUGCUACAGAGUCAGAAACCGGGACUUCGCAUAUCCCGCGCCGACAAAAAUGGAGAGAGAUUUUCCGCUUGCUUUUGGGAUUAUGAUUUAUAAUGGAUUGCCACUGUUCGAAAGACUCCUUCAGGAGAUUUAUAUGCCUCAUAACGUGUACUGUAUUCACAUUGACCGGAAAACAAGGCAGAGUUUCCACAAAGCAGUCAAGCAGAUGAUUUCUUGUCUGCCGAAUGUCUUUAUUGCUAGUAAACUAGUGAAAGUUUAUUGGGGUGAAUUUUCGAUCGUACAAGCAAAGAUGAACUGCCUAAGGAACUUAUUAAAGAGUCCGGUAAAAUGGAAAUACUAUCUCCACAUGAUCGGUCAGGACUUUCCCCUUUAUACAAAUCACGAAAUGGUGCGUGCGAUCAAAACCCUCAACUAUACAAAUAACAUGGAGAGCAUUAAAGUCCCGAUAUCAAAUCGCGACCGUACAGAAUACGUGUACAUAGGCUCGCGCACAAGAACAAAAAUUCUCAAACCACCACCCCCUUUUAACAUCACUCUGAGAAAGGGCAACAUCCACGCUAUGUUAACACGUGGGUUUGUAGAGUUCUUACUUGAAUCUGAGAUAGCAAACGCGUUUAUUGAUUGGUGCAAUGACACCAGUGUCCCGGAUGAAACGUUCUUCGCGUCUAUGCAAAAUCACCCAGGAGCCCCAGGGGGCGUGGUUGGAGACCAGCCUCCUUAUAUUUUCAAGUUGAUUAGAUGGUAUUGGUUUGAUAGGUGUUAUGGGAGAAUAAUUAGGCAAGUUUGCUGGAUAGACAUCAAGGACCUUAGGUCUGUGCUCAGCCAGUUUAAUCUUAGUUUUUUAUUCGUUCAUAAAAUUCCAUUUGAUUAUGACAUAGAACUUUUGGACUGUUUGAGCCAGUCGUUAGUUGGCCGAAAAUACCCAGUCGAACUUCUCAAAAGCUAUUAAUGUCAGUCUUAAACCAUAGUAAUUUAGCUUCAACUAGCCCCAAUAAUUAUAGUGUACACCUAUUUUGAAUAAGGUUGUACUGACUCAUAAGAAUCCAUGUCAUGGUCUGCAGUUGUUCAUGGGUAAUGUAUGAAUGGCUGAAUCCUGAUCUUUCUUACAAGCCAUGUAUAAGAUAACCGGCACAUAAACAAGAAUGCUAUAGUUUUUUAAACCUUGAUCGAAUUUGGAAAGCCAAAGAUUAAACUACGAUUUUUGAUGGUUAUUUUGUUAUUGCAUCACUGUAAAUGAUGCAAUUAGUACACCAUGAUAAAAACAGGCUUACUGAUUCUCUUAGCUCAGCCUAAUUACAUCCUACUGUACUUACUAUGGUAAAUAUCGAAAUCUAUUUUGUGUGAGAACAACAACAGGCUUAGUGGCCUGUUCUGCUUGCUUUGAAUACAAUGACAAAAUAGUCA